GCAAACAUUCCCUGGAGCCAUCACCUGGGAUUUUAACAAGACAUUAACUUAUUUAACUUAUUUUGUUUAUUUAUUGUAUAGUGUUUGCUGUUUCAAGCAUGAAGGACCGAUUGGAGCAACUAAAAGCGACGGCCGACACUGAUGAUGCGGAUGAUGUGGAGAUUGCUGUGGACAAUGCAGCGUUUAUGGAUGAGUUCUUCUCUCAGAUUGAAGACAUCAGGAGUAGCAUUGACAAGAUCGACGACAAUGUUGUGGAAGUCAAGAAACUGUACUCAGUCAUACUCUCCGCGCCCACAUCAGAACAGAAAACACAAGAUGACCUGGAGGCUCUCACUAAUGACAUCAAAAAGAUGGCCAACAAUGCUCGAAACAAACUCAAGACCAUCGAAAGAAACCUGGAGACGGACCAGGAAGAAAGAGUUUCAGCUGACAUGAGGAUACGCAAGUCACAGCAUGCUGUCCUGUCUCGGAAGUUUGUGGAAGUAAUGACGAAGUACAACGAGGCGCAGGUGGACUUCAGGGAGAGGAGUAAAGGACGUAUCCAGAGACAGCUGGAAAUCACCGGUAAAGCCACCACUGAUGAUGAGUUGGAGGAGAUGUUGGAGAGUGGAAACGCAGCCGUCUUCACAGCAGGGAUUGUAGAUUCCAGUAUCUCUAAGCAGGCGUUGAGUGAAAUUGAAGCGCGGCACAAGGACAUUGUGCGACUGGAGAGCAGCAUUAAGGAGCUGCACGAUAUGUUCGUGGAUAUCGCCAUGUUGGUGGAGAACCAGGGAGAUACCAUUGAGAACAUUGAAGUGAAUGUAUCCAAGUCAGUAGAUCAUAUUGCAGUGGCAAAAGCAGAAACCAAGAAGGCAGUCAGGUAUCAGAGCAAAGCCCGGAAGAAAACUAUAAUUUUGGUGUCUAUUGUCGUGGUGGUUUUGGCAGUUAUUGCUUUAAUAAUUGGGUUGUCUGUUGGCCUGAAGCCGGCCUGAGCACAGGCCACUAUGGAAAGACGAUCAUUAUUGGUGUGGUCUGUGGGGUUCUGGCUGUCAUCAUCAUCGCUAUCAUCAUCUCGCAGACUGUCUGAAGUCACCUCACUGCCCCCUUGCACUCAUCUGUUCAUCCCUCAUCCUCCCAUCAUGUCAGCACCUGCCCCUUUCCCCUGCGUUCACAAACACAAGUACUGUAACAGAGAAAAGGAGGGAAUCAAUCAGGAUCUGUCCAGGGCUGAUGUCACACAGCAGUGAAUGAAACUGCUGACGGACAUUUUAAUGAGGCAUAUGUUUUUUUUUUGCCUUGCACAAGGAAUCAGAUUUCUAAUUAAUGGAUCAUAAGUACAUUUUUCCAGAUGAUUCAGUAAUGGUUUUUAAAGAAAGACUGUGACCGCCGUAUGAGCUCUUUUUUGGGGGCUUUUCACUUAAAAAAAAAGUCAGAACAUUUCACUUUUUAUUUUUUAAGCUGUAAGAUUUAUUUAUUUUUUAAGGGAACAUUUAUUUUAUUUCUUGACCAUUGUGACACAUUCUUGCAAACUUGUGAAUGUCUAUGACUGGGCAACCUUUUUUUCAAACUAUAUGAAAACUGACAGAGGGCCCAGUGAUUUCGUGGAAAAAAAAGAAAAAAAUAGCAACAAAUUAUUUUGUAGGCUUGUUUGAUUUCCCUGAAACGUUGCAUGCAAAUGUUAAGUUAAAAUUCUCCAGGCUUUACAGCUCAUGACUUACACAAGUUUGUGUUAAUGAGGCUUACUUUGUCCUGUGUCUUUAUUUUUUGUAUCCCAAAUUUGUCCCAAAUUGAUGCUGUCCCCUCACAAAUGUCAUCUACCACCAUCAAUUUCAAAGUUUUCAUUAAGGCUAGAAAAUUUACACUUUUCAUGCAUGAAUAUGUGGAUCUUCUUGUACAUUCACCAUUUUAAAUUACCAGUCAUAAACAUCAUAGACAUUGUGACAUCAUAAACAUCAUAGACAUUGUGACAUCACAGACAUUGUGACAUCAUAGACAUUAUGACCUCAUAAUCACCAUAGAUGAUAAAUUACCAGUCAUAAACAUCAUAGGUAUUGUGACAUCAUAAACAGCAUAGACAUUGUGACGUCAUUGACAUUGUGACAUCUUCAACACUGACGUCAUUGACAUUGUGACAUCAUAAACAUCAUAGACAUUAUGACAUCAUAGACGGUGUCACAUACACAUCGUAGGCCUAUUUGGCUGCAAAAACCAUCCUCUGGGCAGACCAAUAUUCCAAUAUCAAAUUUGUGAAUGGGCUGCAUGAAUUUUGGGAAUUAACUAAAAACUGGACACUGGACAGACUGGAGCUACGAUGCAAUUAAUUUGAUCUGAUAUCAGGCCUUGAUUGGUAAUCUGGGAUGAAGGGCUUUUUCCCGGUGGGCCAACAACCUUCCUUCUUUCCCUCAGAGACUGGCCCGCAAUUUAGAUGUGGCAGCCAUAAUGAUCCAUCUUCAAUAUAGACAUUUGAUUGAACCAAUCAGGAUACAGUACGGAAGCAGCCCCCAUACCUUCACUUGAAUGACUUUAUUUAUCUUUUGACAUUAAUUCUAAUUCACAUUGAUGUGAACUGUAGUUUUUUGCCUGUUCUUUGGGCGGUUGUGUCCAUCUUUAGCCAAUAAUGCCUGGGCCGUUUUCUGGUCCCUGUUCUGCCCUGGGUGAUAUGAUGUAUUUUUGGGACUGCAGACGGAAUGAACAAAUGACACUCCCUUCUUAUACCUCUGGGUUAUUCAUAUUGGAGGGAUUUGUAAUAUAAUGAAUGUGAAAUUAAAACAUUUAUUCUGUGAAAGCCAAAGAUUUUAUCUGAGUAAUAAAACACAUUCUAUUUUUUAA